AUUUGUCGUUGGCCCGCACCUGGUACCUGGUGCCUGGUGCCUGGUACCUAUUUCCGGGGCUGUCGUUUCCGCCAUUUUACAUUUGCAAUUCGAAUUGGCGCGUGAACGUAUUUUUCUCAUUUUGGUCGCAUACUCGUAUGCGUGGGCUAAUUAGCAUGCGGCAUUGCCAACGACAACGACGGCAGCAGCUAGACCCGCAAUCAGAGUAGAGUACACAAAAGGACUAAUAACCCGCGUUGGGCUGAGACCAUGGAGGAGGAUGUGUAUGCCUCGCUGGGUGCCUACAACGACAGCGGCGGCGACGGUGGGUGGAGCAGUGCGGAAACCAGCGUGGACCAGCUGCAGGACCUGCUGCUCUGGGAGGACGGGAGGAACCUCAGCAAGCAGCCCAAUCAGCAGCGGUGGAAUGCCAGCAAUUCCACCGGAGAGCCAAAGCCCAUUGAUGAAUCCCCGUUCGACGCCAACAACUACUGGGCCCUCCUCGCCCUCGUGCUGGUCCUAGGCACAGCUGCCGGCAACAUUCUGGUCUGCCUGGCCAUCGCCUGGGAGCGGCGUCUGCAGAAUGUGACAAACUACUUUUUAAUGUCGUUGGCCAUCACGGAUCUGAUGGUCGCUAUGCUGGUGAUGCCGCUGGGCAUUCUGACCCUGGUGAAAGGAUACUUUCCCUUGGGGUCCGAGCACUGUUUGACCUGGAUCUGCCUGGAUGUCCUUUUCUGCACGGCCAGCAUAAUGCAUCUGUGUACCAUCUCCGUGGACCGUUAUUUAUCGCUCCGUUACCCGAUGAGAUUUGGUCGGAAUAAAACGCGGCGAAGAGUCACUCUUAAAAUUGUUUUUGUGUGGCUGUUGAGUAUUGCCAUGAGUUUACCAUUGAGCUUGAUGUAUUCCAAGAAUCAUGCCUCAGUGCUGGUGAAUGGGACUUGCCAGAUACCGGAUCCGGUGUACAAGCUCGUCGGGUCCAUUGUUUGCUUCUACAUUCCGCUGGGCGUGAUGCUGCUGACAUAUUGUCUGACCGUGCGAUUGCUGGCCCGGCAGCGCCAGAACUUGGGCGGUGGCCAUCAGACGGCAGCCGCCACACCCGGCUGGGCCAGCGGGUGGUUGGGACAGACUCCAGCCUUGGAACGGCGAUGUACUUGGCGUCGUCUGCUAAAGCCGGGCCCAGGCCAAGCCUCCUCCGUGCUGCACGCCCACUCGGCCAAUUCAACGGAUACGGAUCUUAGCACCUUGGACAAUCAUGAGCUCUGGCUACCCGACUCCAGCAUCAAGGAACCCACGCCCACAACAAUGACAGCAUUGCAUCAAUUCGGAGCCGAGAUGCUGAAGCUCUCCCGAGGCCUCGAGUCAGUGGGCUCCUCAUCCACCACAGGAUCGCCCACCAAGUCCGAGUUUUCCAUAUCGAACCACCUGCAGUUCCCCAGCAGCCCCCAGCGCUAUGCAACCCAUAAUCAGUUGCCGCAUCCCCAGCAUCUCCAUGGAAGCGUCUACCACCAACAGACCUCGCCCAAGAGUCGGCACGGAACCACAAUUCUGGGACUGUCGACCACAACCCUGGGAAUAGAGCGAGAAAGCACCCGGAACUCCUUGGCUAGCAGCCGCCUCGGAGGAGACCAGAGCGACGGGACUCUCUCCCAGCUUUCGCAACGCCUGCGAGCCUACAAGAAUCGUCGUCGGGCUUCGUCAGCAGUUCCGGGACGCGAACGCCGCGCAGGCAUCGACGACGCGCAUGAGGAUCCGGACACCCCAACAACGACGCUGAGGCGCCACAAGCGGCACAACAGUUUGCCCAAGAAUGCGCUGUACACAAGACACACCACCGUACAGGAGAGCAUCGAUGACGACGAUGUCGGAGAAGAGGAGAUCAUGGCGCACCGUGAUCAGCAGACGAGGUCAACUGCGAAUGGCAAGGGCUGUCACUCGGAUACCGAGUUGGAUCCACCGCAGGUGAAGCAGUGCCACACUGGCGUCGGUGGCCAAAGCCAACUGUCGGACUACAUGCAGCUGCCCUCGGUGUGCACGUGUCCCUACUUUGGAGAUCGGCCGCUGCAGAACUGUGUGAAGACGGCCGAGGUGAAGAUAAUUUCAUCAACCUUUCGGGUGACCACGACGACAACGGCGGUGAGUAGUUCCCCAAGUGAAAUGGAACUGCUCCUUUGUAGCAGCGGAAAUAAAAAGGCCCUGACCUCCAGUGUGAGUGAGGGCAUAACGGGACCAGGUGGCACUGCAGUAUGCGGUGGAGGAGCCGCCCCGCCCUCUGGCAGCUCAACCCUUAGUCCGCACUCUACCCAGAACCAAAGCAGCUCCUUGACGGUCCAGAGCGAUGGAAGCGGCUACCUAGCUGCUCCCGGAACCCCCUGCCCCGGAAGACGCAAACUGAGUAUCUCGAAAACUGCUUCGGUGGUCACUUGGGAUGCCAGUCGCCAUCGCCGGCGGGGAAGCAGCUUCGGAGGAGUCCGAACCUCACUGCUACUGACUCCGACCAAGACGGCAGCAGCGUCCACUGCAUCUACGCCAUUGAGGCGCUCGGCCACGUUGCGCAGCCACCAGAAUAUGAAUUACCAGGCUGGGACGGAGGGCGGCGGCGGCAGCAAGACUAGGGCGACCACAUCUUCACCAUGCAUGCUGCAGCGGCAGCAGACUGUUCGCUCUCACCAUUCCAGAAACUCCAGUGUGAUCUCGAGGAACUCGUCGCGUCACGGCAGGAUCAUUCGGCUGGAACAGAAGGCCACCAAGGUCCUCGGCGUCGUUUUCUUCACAUUCGUCAUUCUGUGGUCCCCCUUCUUCGUUCUCAACCUAUUACCCACGGUGUGCGCUGAGUGUGAGGAGAGAAUCAGCCACUGGGUCUUUGACGUAGUCACAUGGCUGGGCUAUGCCAGCUCCAUGGUCAACCCCAUAUUCUACACCAUCUUCAACAAAGUCUUCAGGCAGGCAUUCAAGAAGGUCCUACUGUGCCGCUACUCCAGCACGAGCGCAUGGAGACCGAGCAGAUAGCAGACGCCAGUUAAGCCCGGCAAACUCAAGAAGAAGCCCCAGAAAUGCCCCAGCGUGGACUUCCAGGAUUCCAUUGCAUUGCAGCCGCCGGAAGGACCAGGGGCCGUAGGUCAGCGACGCCAGCGGGCAGUCCCUGCCGGAGUCGCCAACAGAAAAGGGGCAAUGGGAAGCAACAGAUAAACCCGCAAACAGAGACAGAGCGCUGUGCGGCAUCCCAGUCCAUUUUGCCUGCGGUCCACCGCACAACGUGUCGUAUACCCAAUUUGUUGGUCGCUCCACAUGUCCUCAUCCGAGUGUGUUUAGCGUGUGCGUGACUGAAUGUCCUCAAGGCUUAAGCGCUUUUGUGGCUCUAAUUAAUUUCAAAUUCAAUUUGCAUACCGAAGACACAUUUCUGGUCAUUCCAAUUGCGGGUAUACUGAAAACUAAAUUUGUCUUGAAUAAUACGAAUGUGGCAAAUAGUAAUUUAAUCCCAUUCAUUUUAACGUUCUGUUCUGUUCUGCUCUCUGUUCCCAUUUGGGACAAGUGUAGAGAGAAAAUCCAUUUCUUCCUUUCGAUAAAGCUAACAGAGGGAGAAUCAGCAUGAGAUAAUAAAACCCCCAAAACGGAGAAUCCCACCAGAUCCAUUGUGAUCAGAUCAUUAUUAUCAAUGCAAGAUGAUGAAAAAUAUGUAUCCCAGCGUUGACUCUGCCUCUCCUCUUGUGCACAAUU